AUGGACGAACCAACUUCGGGUUUGGAUGCUAGAUCUGCUGCUAUUGUUAUGCGUACUGUGAGAAACACAGUCGAUACAGGAAGAACUGUUGUAUGCACAAUUCAUCAGCCAAGUAUAGACAUCUUUGAAGCUUUUGAUGAGUUACUGCUGCUGCAACGUGGUGGGCAAAUGAUUUAUGCUGGACCUCUCGGUCAGUGAUCCUGUAAUGUUGAUGUAGCUCCUAUUUUCUACUUGGCUCCGCCUUUCCUCCAAUGUUGAUACCAAAACAAGAAAGCUCCUAUUUUCUACUUGGCUCCGCCUUUCCUCCAAUGUUGAUACCAAAACAAGAAAGCUCCUAUUUUCUACUUGGCUCCGCCUUUCCUCCAAUGUUGAUACCAAAACAAGAAAGCUCCUAUUUUCUACUUGGCUCCGCCUUUCCUCCAAUGUUGAUACCAAAACAAGAAAGCUCCUAUUUUCUACUUGGCUCCGCCUUUCCUCCAAUGUUGAUACCAAAACAAGAAAGCUCCUAUUUUCUACUUGGCUCCGCCUUUCCUCCAAUGUUGAUACCAAAACAAGAAAGCUCCUAUUUUCUACUUGGCUCCGCCUUUCCUCCAAUGUUGAUACCAAAACAAGAAAGCUCCUAUUUUCUACUUGGCUCCGCCUUUCCUCCAACGUUGAUACCAAAACAAGAAAGCUCCUAUUUUCUACUUGGCUCCGCCUUUCCUCCAAUGUUGAUACCAAAACAAGAAAGCUCCUAUUUUCUACUUGGCUCCGCCUUUCCUCCAAUGUUGAUACCAAAACAAGAAAGCUCCUAUUUUCUACUUGGCUCCGCCUUUCCUCCAAUGUUGAUACCAAAACAAGAAAGCUCCUAUUUUCUACUUGGCUCCGCCUUUCCUCCAAUGUUGAUACCAAAACAAGAAAGCUCCUAUUUUCUACUUGGCUCCGCCUUUCCUCCAAUGUUGAUACCAAAACAAGAAAGCUCCUAUUUUCUACUUGGCUCCGCCUUUCCUCCAAUGUUGAUACCAAAACAAGAAAGCUCCUAUUUUCUACUUGGCUCCGCCUUUCCUCCAAUGUUGAUACCAAAACAAGAAAGCUCCUAUUUUCUACUUGGCUCCGCCUUUCCUCCAAUGUUGAUACCAAAACAAGAAAGCUCCUAUUUUCUACUUGGCUCCGCCUUUCCUCCAAUGUUGAUACCAAAACAAGAAAGCUCCUAUUUUCUACUUGGCUCCGCCUUUCCUCCAAUGUUGAUACCAAAACAAGAAAGCUCCUAUUUUCUACUUGGCUCCGCCUUUCCUCCAAUGUUGAUACCAAAACAAGAAAGCUCCUAUUUUCUACUUGGCUCCGCCUUUCCUCCAAUGUUGAUACCAAAACAAGAAAGCUCCUAUUUUCUACUUGGCUCCGCCUUUCCUCCAAUGUUGAUACCAAAACAAGAAAGCUCCUAUUUUCUACUUGGCUCCGCCUUUCCUCCAAUGUUGAUACCAAAACAAGAAAGCUCCUAUUUUCUACUUGGCUCCGCCUUUCCUCCAAUGUUGAUACCAAAACAAGAAAGCUCCUAUUUUCUACUUGGCUCCGCCUUUCCUCCAAUGUUGAUACCAAAACAAGAAAGCUCCUAUUUUCUACUUGGCUCCGCCUUUCCUCCAAUGUUGAUACCAAAACAAGAAAGCUAUUCUACAUUGAUGUAGCUCCUAUUUUCUACUUGGCUCCGCCUUUCCUCCAAUGUUGAUACCAAAAC